UGGUCUGAUUUGGAAAGGAAACGGAAUUGGUGUCUAUUCUGCUAAUUCAUGUGUGAAGACUUGUUCUUUGGCUCAGAAGGAGGAUUAUGUUUGGAAGAAAUUUGUGUGGAAAGGUCUGGUGCCACCAAGAGUUGAGGUAUUCAUGUGGCAGGUAGUUCUUCAAAAACUGCCAGUGAGGUCUGAACUGGUUAAGAGAGGGGUUACGGGUAUAACAGAUCCUUCUUGUCCUUUAUGUAAUUUGGAGGUUGAAUCUUCUUCUCACUUAUUUUUCUCGUGUUCAGUUGUGUGGUCACUUUGGAACAAAUUUGUGCAGUAUUGGAGUCUUUUUGUGGUUUUUCAUACAAAUGCGCAGAAGUUUCUUCAAGCUUGGGAAGAUCUUAAUCCUAGGUCUGCCAUUUGGAAGUUCAUUCCUGCCGUUGUUAUUUGGACUGUUUGGAAGCUAAGUUUGCAGAUUCUGGUAUUUCAAUGGAUUCUCUAAUCGGGGACCCGUCUCUUGGGGAUUCAUGCUUCCCUCUCAACAAAUCGAUGGUUACUACAGUUCCUUGGUCCCCCCCUCCUAAGGGCUUUGUAAAAUUGAAUGUGGAUGCUGCUACAAAUUCGGAUUGGAACAGCAGUGGAGUUGCGGGUAUUCUAAGAGAUGAGGAAGGUCUUAUUCUAGGAUCUUUUAAGGAGGCCACGGGUCCAGGUCCACCUAUUAUGAUGGAGCUAAGGGCUAUUCAGAAGGGCUUAAUUUUCUUUGAUUCAGUGAAAGGAGGUAUUAAUGGUCGUUUAUUGUUAGAAUCAGACUGCAAAUUGGCCGUGGAUUGGGUUAAGAAUGGAACUUUCUGCCCUCAGAUUUUUGUCAGUCUUGUAAGGAACAUAACUAUCAAGCUAAAAGAAGUUGAGGGUGUUAUUAGAUGGGUUGCUAGGGCAGCCAAUAUUGAGGCUGAUGGGAUGGCUAAAUCUGCCAUUGGCUAAUUCCAGUGUAUCUUAGGGGUAUUUUAUUUUGGGUUUUUCAAAUUGUUGUAAGGGGCUUCUUCUUGUUGUAAUCUUAGGUAUUAUCAUUAAUGAAGUUUAAGGCACUCUUUUCCUCCUUCCUCUGAUGAAGGAACUCAUUAUAAGUUCCUUA